GAGAGAAAACCUGUAUGUGAUGGGAGUUUAUAUUCGUGGCGUGGCCGUGGCGUGGGCCCGCUGCUGCUGCUGCUCCGUGGACGCGAACUCCGGCGUUACGAAAACACUCACGAACACCGACGAGGACGUUUGCAGCGUUUAAAGCGAAGGCUUUUAACUUAACGGACGCUGCUGCCAUGUAAGCGGAGAGUAAAUCUGCGCCUGCUCUACAAACAAGUGUCAAACAAGUGCACUGUCGCUCUGCCAUGUCGCUACUUUGCGUCAGAGUGAAAAAAGCCAAACUCCAGGGAUCUCCAGACAAGUUCAAUACCUACGUGACACUGAAGGUGCAAAAUGUCAAAAGCACCACCAUCACUGUGCGAGGGGACCAGCCGUGCUGGGAACAGGAUUUCAUGUUUGAGAUCAGUCGCCUGGACCUUGGCCUCAUUGUUGAGGUGUGGAACAAAGGCCUCAUCUGGGACACCAUGGUGGGAACCUCCUGGAUCCCUCUCAAGAGCGUCCGACAAUCGGAGGAGGAGGGUUCAGGCGAGUGGAUUUUCCUGGACGCAGAAGUGCUGAUGAAAGCGGAUGAAAUCUACGGCACCAAGAACCCAACACCUCACCGCGUCCUGCUGGACACUCGCUUCGAGCUGCCUUUUGAUAUCCCCGACGAUGAGGCUCAGUACUGGACGGGGAAACUGGAGCACAUCAACACACUGAGAAUACACGAUGAGUACCCUCUUCAGGAUGACGUCCAGAGUCGCCCGCUGCCAUUUGCAGCCUCUCAGUGCUGCAACUAUUUCGGAUGGGCUGAACCACUGACUCUGGAUGACCAGGACAGUGCCGUUGAUGACCGGGACAGUGACUACCGCAGUGAGACGAGUAACAGUCUGCCUCCACGUUACCACUCGACGGCUCAGCCGAACUCCUCCAUGCACCAGUAUCCCAUGGGGCCUCGGCUACAGCAGCAUCCGGACUCCUGCACGGACUCUGUCCACAGUUUUGACCUGGACUACCGGGAUCAGAGAGGAAGCAGUCCAGUGGAAAGUAGUCGUUUUGGGUCGUCGGGAAACCUGAGCCAGAUCAGUUCCCAGCUCAGUGAGGCUGGACAGGAGAGUACCGGAGGCUCAGAGGUGGAGGAGUCAUUUCAUUCCUACCACAGCACCGGCUUUCACCCCUCCACCAAUGGACAGCCACGCGCAAAUGGACACACCAAUGGUCACUCUGCCGCUGGUGAGCAGGAGAUACAUAGACUCUCUCCAGAAAUGGGACAUAGCCUGAAAAAUGACACCCCAUCAGAGAGAGGAUCCUCUAAACUCCUAAGGUUCCAUGACGAUGGACCACCAUUACCGUUUUCUCCGUCCAGAGUUCGUUGGUUGAAGGCCAUCAAUAAAGUCAGGGUUCAGCUUCGCGAGGUUCGAGAUGAAGAACCCAAUAAUAUUAGACAGACCUGGGUCAAACCAGGUGGUGGUUCUGGUCUGUAUGGGAUUGACAGCAUGCCAGACCUGCGUAAAAAAAAGCCCAUCCCCUUGGUCAGCGACGUGUCCCUUGUCCAAGCGAGGAAGGCGGGCAUCGCGUCUGCUAUGGCCGCACGGUCCUCAAUCAAGGACGAGGAGCUGAAAAGCCACGUGUACAAGAAGACUUUGCAGGCUCUCAUCUACCCCAUAUCUUGCACGACACCACACAACUUUGAAGUGUGGACUGCCACGACACCCACGUACUGCUACGAGUGCGAGGGGCUACUGUGGGGAAUCGCCCGCCAAGGCAUGCGUUGCUCCGAGUGCGGCGUCAAGUGCCACGAGAAGUGCCAAGAGCUGCUGAACGCCGACUGUCUACAGCGUGCGGCAGAGAAGAGCUCCAAACAUGGAGCUGAAGACAAGACUCAGAACAUCAUCAUGGCCAUGAAGGACAGGAUGAAGAUCCGCGAGAGGAACAAACCAGAAAUCUUUGAGCUCAUCAGGGAAGUGUUUAUCAUCAGCAAAGCCAUCCACGCUCAGCAGAUGAAGACCAUCAAACAGAGUGUCCUGGACGGCACCUCGAAGUGGUCGGCCAAGAUCACCAUCACAGUCGUUUGUGCACAAGGACUUCAAGCAAAGGACAAAACAGGAUCCAGUGAUCCAUACGUCACUGUCCAGGUGGGCAAGACCAAGAAGAGAACCAAGACCAUUUUUGGUAACCUCAAUCCUGUGUGGGAUGAGAAGUUCCACUUCGAGUGUCACAAUUCCUCCGACCGGAUUAAAGUGCGCGUGUGGGACGAGGACGACGACAUUAAGUCGAGGGUGAAGCAGCGUCUGAAGAGGGAAUCAGAUGAUUUCCUCGGCCAGAGUAUUAUCGAAGUUCGAACGCUGAGUGGCGAAAUGGACGUCUGGUAUAACCUGGAGAAGAGGACGGACAAGUCGGCCGUGUCAGGUGCCAUUCGCCUCCAGAUCAACGUGGAGAUCAAGGGAGAGGAGAAAGUGGCUCCGUACCACGUGCAGUACACGUGUUUGCACGAGAACUUGUUCCAUCACUCCAACGACAUGCUCGGUCAAGGUGUGGUGAAAAUCCCUGACCCUCGCGGAGACGACGCAUGGAAAGUCUAUUUUGAAGACGUGGCGCAGGAAAUCGUGGACGAGUUUGCCAUGCGCUACGGGAUUGAGUCCAUCUACCAGGCCAUGACUCACUUUGCCUGUUUGUCAUCAAAGUACAUGUGUCCCGGGGUUCCUGCAGUGAUGAGCACCCUGCUGGCCAAUAUCAAUGCCUUCUACGCCCACACCACCGCCUCCACCAACGUGUCCGCCUCCGACCGCUUUGCUGCCUCCAAUUUUGGGAAAGAACGCUUUGUCAAGCUCUUGGACCAGUUGCACAACUCCUUGCGCAUCGACCUCUCCACAUACAGGAACCAUUUUCCUGCCAGCAGCAAGGAUCGACUGCAGGAUCUGAAAUCCACAGUGGAUCUUCUAACCAGCAUCACCUUCUUCAGGAUGAAGGUCCAGGAGUUACAGUCGCCGCCCAGAGCCAGUCAGGUCGUCAGGGACUGUGUCAAGGCCUGUCUCAACUCCACGUAUGACUACAUCUUCAAUAACUGCCACGAGCUCUACAACAGACAGUACCAGCCCGUGGACUCAAAUAAGGAGGAGCUGCCUUUGGAAGAGCAGGGCCCAAACAUCAAGAACCUGGACUUCUGGCCUAAACUCAUCAUGCUCAUCGUCUCCAUCAUCGAAGAGGACAGGAAUUCCUACACACCCGUGCUGAACCAGUUUCCUCAAGAACUGAGCGUGGGGAAGGUGUCAGCAGAGGUCAUGUGGACGUUGUUUGCUCAGGACAUGAAGUACGCUAUGGAAGAGCACGAGAAGCACAGACUGUGUAAAAGCACCGACUACAUGAACCUGCACUUCAAGGUCAAGUGGCUCUACAACGAGUAUGUCAGGGAGCUGCCAAACUUCAAGGACGUCGUUCCCGACUAUCCAUCAUGGUUCCUACAGUUUGUGCUGCAGUGGUUGGAUGAAAAUGAGGACGUAUCUGUCGAGUUCAUGCAUGGAGCUCUGGAGAGAGACAAAAAAGAUGGCUUCCAGCAGACGUCUGAACACGCUCUGUUCUCCUGCUCUGUGGUCGACAUCUUCACGCAGCUCAACCAGAGUUUUGAGAUCAUCAAGAAACUGGAAUGUCCGGACCCGGACGUCAUGGCUCAGUACAGCCGACGCUUCUCCAAGACAAUUGCCAAAGUCCUGCUGCAGUACAGUGCCAUCCUGACCAAGAGUUUCCCCUCGUAUAUUGACAAGGAGAAGAUUCCCUGCGUCCUGAUGAAUAACGUGCAGCAGUUGAGGAUCCAGCUGGAGAAGAUGUUUGAGUCGAUGGGCGGCAAACAGAUGGACGUGGAGGCCAGUGACCUCUUGAACGACCUGCAGGUGAAGCUGAACAACGUUCUGGAUGAGCUCAGCAGCACGUUUGGCAACAGUUUCCAGAGUCGUAUUAACGACUGCAUGCGGCAGAUGGCGUCUCUGCUGUUCCAGAUCAAAGGGCCGCUCAACGACAGCAACAAAAACCAGGUGGAAGGCGACUCGGACAACAUGCUGAGGCCACUCAUGGAUUUCCUGGAUGGAAAGCUGACACUGUUCGCCACCGUCUGUGAGAAAACCGUGCUGAAGCGUGUGCUGAAGGAGCUCUGGAGGAUCGUGAUGAGCAGCCUGGAGAAGACUAUCGUCCUGCCGCAGGGCAGCGACACCUUUGGAGCUCAGAUCCUCUCGGCUGCCAAAGAGCUUGGUCAACUCUCCAAACUCAAGGAUCACAUGGCCGGGGAGGCUAAAAGCCUUUCUCCCAGACAGUGUGCCGUCAUGGACGUGGGCCUGGACACCGUCAAGCAAUACUUCCACGCCGGGGGCAACGGACUGAAGAAGGCUUUCCUGGAGAAAAGUCCCGAGCUAUCGUCUCUGCGUCACGCUCUGUCCCUCUACACUCAGACGACAGACACGCUCAUCAAGACGUUUGUCACCACGCAGCAUGCUCAAGGUGCGGGCGUGAACCAGCCGAUUGGUGAGGUGUCGGUCCAGAUUGAGUUGUACACUCACCCUGGGAACAAAGAGCGAAAGGUUAUAGCCAAAGUCAUAGGAGCCAGUGAUCUGAAAUGGCAGACAUCCGGAAUGUUCCGCCCCUUCGUGGAAAUCACCAUAAUCGGGCCUCACCUUAGCGACAAGAAACGCAAAUUCCAGACCAAAUCUAAGAACAACAGCUGGUCUCCAAAGUUCAACGAGACCUUCCACUUCGUCCUCGGCAACCAGGACGGCUUCGACUGCUACGAGCUGCAGGUCUGCGUCAAAGACUACUGCUUCGGCCGUGCCGACCGCGUGGUGGGCGUGGCCGUGAUCCAGCUGCGGGACGUCAUGGAGAAGGGCAACUGCGCCUGCUGGUGUCCGCUGGGACAGCGUGUCCACAUGGACGACACCGGACUCACCGCCAUGCGCAUCCUCUCGCAGCGCUCCAACGACGACGUGGCAAAGGAGUUCGUGAGACUCAAGUCAGAGACACGGUCGGCCGAGGAGGGCAGAUGAGACGAGAGGGCGUCAUAGCUGCCUUUGACUUGUUUGGUGGAGCGUUGGUAAAAUGUAGCCCCUUCUAGAACACGACACGUCGUUAAUCACAUUUAAAAUUAUUAUUCACAACGUCAACCUUCCCCUCUACCUCAACAACGAGAUUCGCCUUCACAUGAAUUCACAGAGUUAGGGCUAAGUGGUUGAAGGGAUGAGGGGGUGAAAUGGGACUGCGCCUCGUUUGGACAAACACUCGCAUUAACAACAGCGACAGCAACCUCACGGACGCCGACUCACUCAACCUUCACUUCACAACACUCACCAGCUAUUCACCCAGGCAGUGAACACUCACCCUGUCACUUCACCCGCUCAUUUUUCAUCCUCUUUAGCCUCGAGGGGAGCAAAGUUCCCACGCCUCCGUCCAGAGUGUCGUCGUGCAGUGAACCCUUUCGCAGUGUGGCGGUGUGUUCCGAUGCCUUACACUCUGCAAAACUGUGAACGUGUGAAGUGAGAAAAAAAGGAACCCAGUUCAGCUCCACUGUGACGGUGAAUGAGUUAAUGCGAGUCUUUAAAUCAACUAAUGAACGAAUUAUUAGACACAUUUUUACUGCCUAAAGCUGUGUUUCCCACACUUCCUGUUCCGGGAAACCAAGAAAACGAUCCUGACCCAAAUCCUAAAAUCCCUUUCCGACAUAAUUUUGCGUUCAUAAAACGUGGAAAAUGUUUGGUAAAUGAUUAUAACUUUGUUUUAUGGAUGUUAUUUAUGGAUGACACAAACUUCUUUUGGACUCACUGGCUUAAUGAGAAGGUACUUAUAAUAUAAAACCUCUUAAUUUUACCCCAUUAUUAUUAUUAUUUUUUUUUAAGUAUUGAUGUGUGCCUUGCCCUCUUCUCUUUCUACUCCUUUAUCAUUAUUAUUAUUUUUAUACCCAGGAGAAGCAUCAAUCACUUUUCAACUUUUGCUGGAAAAAUAUUAUACUAAUACUAAUUCAUUUUCAAUUUAAGACGAGAAAAUCGUGUCCUCUUUUGUUUUUUUAUUUAUUUCUGAGCUCAAUUAACAACUGUAAAACCCCGGAUGGUUCAGCCAUUUUAUUUAUUUAUUUUUAUACGUAUUUAUUGACGCCUGUGCUUUUCACUAAUGGUGUUUACUGUUGGAUGGACACGGACUUUGUGUGCAGAGAAUUUGCACUUUUUUGAACGAAAGAAGUGACGACCUCACCGUGUUUGUUUGGAUUAACAAGUUAACAAGUUAAAAAGUUAAAUAAAACUGUCUUUCACAGUAAUAGAGAAACUACUCGAGGCUCCUCAGCAGCAGCGGCAGUGUUGAUGGGUUUAUUUUGUUGUUUACAUUCUGUUCUCUUCCUUUGAGUGGCCUUAACUUUGGUGACAAAAACGAAAUAAUUGACACGUGUCUGUGGAGGUGAAUCGCUGCCACGCCAGAAAACUAAAAAGCUAUUGCAGUAAAACAUGAAAAAUGUCACUUUUCACGUUAUUAUUACAGCAUACAAACCUAAAAUGAUCUCAUUAUAGCGUAGAAUGUUUCACCUCGUCACAAGAAACGAAACGUUCCACAUUACGUCAUAAAUGAUCUCACAAAUUGAAACAUUUAACGUUAUAAAGUGAGAAUUUAUCAUGUUAAAGGGAAAGUUACAAUAGGGUAAAUGUUAAUUAUGUAAAAUGUUUCACAAAAACACAAUUAUCUUACUAAUAUUCAGCAUUAAUAUGGCAGCAAAUGCCGUGACAGUAGUCUAAAGUCAUAAACAUCACCUGUGUUGCAAUGCUGGAAAAAAGCCAGUAAGUGGCAGCAGAGGUAAAUUAAAGUAAAGUUGCUGUUAAAGGAGAAUAAAGCAGCUUUUGUGUAGUGUUUGGCCUUUAAUCAAAAAUAACUGUGUACCACAAUAUUUAUAGUAUCGUAUCAUAAGGUUCGUAGGAAAAACGCAAUUUUUUAUGUAUUGCCAAUUAAUUUUUAUUUUUCUGGCAUGACAGCAUUACACUUACGUUAAAAUUUUUUUUAAAAAAUUCUCUCCACGUGUUUCUCAGAAAUGAGUUUUUGCGAUGUCAAACAAACACGUUUUUCCUUAUGUAGUAUUUUUUAUUUUAAAUCUUUGACGUUGUAAUAAAUCUCUUUUUUUCCUUUUUCCUUGAUAAUGAUGAUGCUGUGUUGAUGUUUUUUUGAGUUUUAAGGACAGGAAUCAUAUGCAGUGAGACGCUCAGUGCCAGUCAAUAUUAAAGUGUUACAUUUUAAAAAAGAAGGGAUAUUUUUGCCUAAAUAUGUGAAUAACACACCCACAAAAAUCACACACUUUGUUACAAAUUCACUCACCCCUUGUGAAUAAUUUCUUUAUUAAUUUAUGUAUUUGUUUAUCACAGUAAAUACUUCAUAGCCAUUCUCUCUCUAUAUAUAUAUGUUCCUUGUGCCAAUUUGCAAAGUUGUCUUUGUUUUUUUUAUUGUUAUUAAUAAUAUUUUUUCCGUGUUUUCCUUCAUUUGUGAACCCUUUUGCACAAACACUGUAUCUCUGCAAUCACAGUCACAGUAUCUGCAUUUGUUUCCUCUGGUGUUUUCUUUGUACCGUCAUCAUGUAAACUAAUGAAUUUUUGUAUAAAGUAUUUGAGUUGUUCAUAUAUAAAUGUGUUUACAUG